UCCUCGUCGUCCCCUCGCCCAAAAAACCGGUUUGGAUUACAAAAAAGUCUCCUCGUGUGAACAUCGUCGAAAGAGACGCACUAAACUGCAGUAUUUAAAGCUUAUUUCCGCUAACACUCUGUUCAGAAGGUUCGCGAUCACACGGUUUAUCUCUUCUAACAUACAUAAGUAUGUUAGGAUUGAGGUCCAUCUUGCUCUUACAUAUUUUAUUAGCCUAGCUGAAGUAAAAUUAUCAGUUUUUACUUCAAAUUCGCGAGCUCUGGAUCCACGAGUUCAAUUUUAAAAAUGGCUUCGUCAAAUUUUCUGUCGUUACUUUGUUUGUAUUGCAGUAUUUAUAUCAAUUUUUUUUUCGGAAUCCGUACCCUUUUUUGAUCGUAUCACUAUUUAUCUAAAAAAAAGUAAGCUGUAUUAAAAAAAAAAUUUAAAUGAUUUCAAGAUCGUGCAAUAACCAAAUAGAGAAAAUAAUCUGACCUAAAUAUAGCGAUAUCUGUCAGAUUUACAUAUCUCUACCAUGCUCUCUUAUUUUAAUGAACACAGCUGUAUUUAUGUGCGCAUAUACGCUUCUCUACUGUCUCUUUCCUUUACAUGCAACUGUAAUUGUUCGAAUUUUGCGCUUCUAUUUACACAUACGAUUUUCUAAAAUAAUAAAUAAAAAGAUAUUCCUGGGUUCACCUGAAUUUUCUCUCAAGUCGGUUUAACGGCAUUCUCAUGGGCACCAAAAUGCUUUAUCAGUCUUAUUCGUAUUUCAUAUCAACUGCAUAGGCGCUGUGCUCACAAAUCAUGAGCACCUGAUUAAAUGCCUGACAUGGUACAGCAGUAGCCAAUGCCUCGCCAUUGUUGUCCGAAUGCCGUUGAAUUUAACAGUCGCCUUGCGAAGAGUAGCAGAGUAAAUAACAUGAAAAAUGUUCGUUUGCUAUUUUCAGCAUUGCGUACGUUUUUAGGCAAAACAGAGAGCGUUGCUGGAUAUUCAACAUGUGCUCGGCUCAUGUGUGCGUUUGUUUGUGCACCCAAGCUUACUUAUGUGUGUGUAUAUGUGUGUUUAUAGGCGUUCGUUCGUACGGCGGGCAUUACUCAGUGGUUCGUCUCACAUUUUUCACCGAGUUGUUUCUGUUUCGCUUUAGUCUGUAUUCGACGAGGCAAAUCGUAAGUUUAUAUUGUGAAGUGUGUUUAUGAUUUUCGUUGAUUACAUUGAAAAUAAAUUAAUAAAAGAAAAGCAACGUUUGGAAGAAGUUGUGGCGCAUUGAUCUGCAAAGAAUGUGCGAUGAAAAUGGCGUGAGUAUUACGCCUUGCGAUACUGUGGCAAUAUCCGAUCCCAUAGAAGUGUAUGACAUGUUCAUAGUGGAAGAUGACGAGUCCAAAGAUUCCAAUAAGCAAAAUGGGAGGUUCUAUAAGCGUCUCAUACGGCAUGUACGACGGCAGCGCGUACUUUACGAUCCAAAACAUAAACAAUUCUCAUGUGCCGAAGCGAAAAACGAAGUUUGGGCCAAAAUUGCAAAGCGAAUGGGUUGCGAUGCUGAUCUCUGCAAGAAUGCUUGGGUGAACUUGCGUUAUUCUUAUCAGAAAUAUGUGCGCCGAUUGCGUAAAUUCUUUGCCAACAAAGCGUGCAAGAAGCGGAGACGCCGACCUAUUAUGGCAUUUGAAACGGAAUUAGUUUUCCUCUGGCGUUUCAUUGUCGACAAAAUACGCUGUCCCCUGCCCUACAGCGAUGAGAUGGAGGUGCAAGAAGCAACGCCCGUACAACCAGCUGCCGUCGAUGAUGAUAUAGUUUUGCUGGAGGAUGACGUUGAGGUGAUCGACUUGGACGAUGAAACGCCGUCCUUAACAAAAGUAUUUGCUAAGCUAUGUAAGGUACACUUCCAAGUCACGCCGGAAAUACGUCGCUUGAUUUACAAUUUGCAAUGCUAUCAGGAGAUAUUCGAUAGCUUCCAUCGGUAUUAUGAGGAUUAUCGGCGCAAAGGCAUUAUUUGGAAUGCCAUCGCGAACGAAGUGGGCGAUAAGGCUACGAAAUUAAUGAAAUGUUGGAUACAUAUACAAACGCGCUACGAAUGGGAGCUUAUGCAACGCCGCUUAGAAAAGGAGUUAUCAGCUACAAAGCCGCAAACUGAACUGGAGAGUCUUUUGCAUUUCACAAAGGCACACAUACUUAGAAUGCCAAGAACGGUUUACAAAAGUUCAUACUUUCUCAAAAUGGAUUGGCAUGAGCCCAUUGAUCACUUUAAAAACAUCUUCAGCUUGCUGGUGGCAAUGAAGAAAUAUCCAAUAGUGAUUACGCUUACCGAAAUGAUGGUCAACAAAACCGAAGACGUCGAUACUGCUAAAUAUACGCAACUUUGGACCGAUGUGGCAAAUACUAAAGGUGGCACUGUUACACCUGGUCAGUGCGAGACCACUUGGCUCAUCCUGCGUUUGUUUUACUGGGAGCUAAUGGGCAUGCGCAAACACAGUUAUCAACUGCAAGACAAAUGGUAUUUCGAAACAAUUAUAACGGAGCUAUAUGCCUUGUCCAAAACGUAUAAGUUGCCACGCGCUAAAAAGCCUACACUCGGUACGCUCAUGAUAUCGUCCAUAUGCGUCGAUGAGAUGACCAAACCUCCAUUCUCAACCACUGACAAUGCAAAUAAUGUUAAGCAAACCGAAGUUGUGCCCAUGCACAACAGUACGCCCCCGCUUGAUGACACGCUAACGCCGAGCGCUAUCGUACCGAUAUCGGUCAGUUUGGAUGAAGACAAAAUCAGCUCUUCAAUAAUCGAAACUAAGAGUCAAACGUCAGGUAAAAAUAUCGUAAUACGCAAUAAACCGCAUAACAGCGCCUUGGACAUUUCCUCUGGCUCCACUUGCACCACCGUCUCAAAUACCGGCUUGGUUGUGACAGUGACCAAAGUGCCGCCGAAAACGCAUACAAACGCCGUCAUACAACAGGAUGCACAAACGGCUUAUCCACAAGCGCGUUCGCCACAAAUACGCGUCAAAUCGCAGGCGCAACUACAAGCCGAACCCAUAAAAAUGCUUGUGCAAGCGCGUCCACAGAUACAAAUACACGCACAACCCACCGCCGCACCGACGCCAAACCAACCCAUACAAGUACAAACCAUAACGCUGCCGCGCAUGCCACAUUUACAACAAGCACAGCAAUAUCAAAUGCUACCACUCACGCCAAUACAAGCGCAACCCAAGUUGGCGACGAAGCAACAAGCAAAUCAGCAGGCGCCAGCACAAUUCAUACCUACCAAUAUGGGUCAGUUGCUGCCGCCAACAGCAAUAGAGCCGACAAUCCACGAAACUACCACAAUAAGUUUGGAUACGAUAAAGACACCGAAAAUUGUGUCGGCGGUCAGUUUGGCACCGCGCGCCACCUUCCCUGUACCCUUCAUCAAUAAGGGUUUACAAAUUACCGCUGUCGCAGGUGCUUCCACCAGCGCAUCACCGCCCGCCCCACACACCAACACCGCACCAUUACCACUAUGCGCAGUAGCACCUGCCCCGCAUACCAGCACCGCACCAUUACCACUAUGCGCAGUAGCAACUGCCCCGCAUACCAGCACCGCACCAUUACCGCUACGCGCAGUAGCACCUGCCCCGCACACCAGCACCGCGCCAUUACCGCUGCGCGCAGUAGCACCCGCCUUAAAUGCGCUUGCGCCGCCAACAGUGGUUAUGACGCCGACGUCGAGCGCUUUCAAUUUACCGUUUUCAUUGCCAGAUAAAACAAAUAUUACCAAGUGUCCGCCAUUGAGUAGUGUCAGCACCGAUACAGUCAGCAAUACGAUAAUAACGCUGCCAAAUGCUGUGGUGCCUGCGCCCACGUUGACGCCAGCAAAUAUGCCGCGACCCAUAACGGAGGCAUCGUCGCUCGAGGCGAAAAUACCCGCCACCGUGUUGGCGCGUCCAUAUUUGACACCAACCUCACAGCUAAACGCCAACGAAAUUAUGAUCGAAUUGAUUAGUUCGGUGAAUGGCAAUCAGUUGGUGGUGCAUGGGCCGCCGCUGGAGCAAAAGUACUCACUACCAAUGAGCACGACGGCGCUGUUGAUCCGAGAGGUGCUCUCCAUACCAUAUUUGCAUAAGAAGGACUACAAUAAACCGCAGCAGGUCAAUAUGUGUUGGCAGUACUUGGCUAAGCGCUUCAAUUUGCCUGUGCAUAUCUGCAAGGCUUGUUGGAAUUUCUUGUCGGAAAACUUCGCACAUUUCCCCCAAAUUGCGCCCAUGGAAGAGCUGACGAAACCUGUGAAGAUUGGCAUUAAGGUGUGGCGUGAGAAUUACGCCUUCUUUCAAACAUUCAAUGAUAAAGCAGCCCAACUGCGUUUGCCGUUCGCAAAGGAUGCUGUGGAGAAGUUCUUCGAUAAUAUUAGAGAUCAAACAAAGCACAUACCACGUAUAGGUGGAAAGAAAUUGACUUUCGUCGCGGAUUGGCAAGCUGCUAUAAAUAGCAGUCCAUAUGUACCAAACAAAAUCUGGUUCGGCACAUGGACCCUAUUUAAAGGCGCCUUUUUGAAAUACAUGCAUGACUUGGAGAUUGGCAUCGACAACAAAUGGUCGCUAGAAUGGUGGCGCGUAUUGGCCAAAUUGGAUUUUCUAAUCGAAGAACAAUAUCAUAAUAUGGAACCGUUCUACUAUAUAGUGCGCAAUAAAAUGAUCGACGAAUGCGAACGCUGCAUCAAGGAAGAGAAAAAAUACACUAUCGAUCCGAAGACGCAGCGAUUCGUGCUGAAAAAAGAUAUGACGCAUCCAAUGAUGCAGAAAAAACCCGAAAUUGAUGCCUACCGAGUCGUAAUGACCGUGCGUCGCUAUCCGCAGAUUUACCAAAAGGCAACGGAGGACGAGAAGACCAAAGCAUGGCAGAAAGUCGCGCUCGAAAUGCGCACAACUGUGACGGCAUGCCGUUUUGCCUUCCAAUGCGCCUUGAAGAACUAUCGGCUGUACGCGGCACGUGACCCAGCGAAUCGUUGUCGCCUCAAUCAUCGCUAUUACAAACAUUUAGCGGAAAUUUAUCGUAUCAUCAAGCCGACGCGCAAGCUCAAUAUUAAAACACCUUCCGAACUGAAUCAAUCGGUUAGCGAUAAUGCCGACGCGAAUGAGCCAGUAUUCCCCGAACGUUUCAUUAUGGACAUCAACAUGGGCAAUAGUCACUCGAAUGUGGUGAUGAAGAAUUGGGCCUAUGGUGUGGGCAUAUCCGUGCGAAAGGAGAAGUUGGAAGCGCUUUUUCAAAAAUAUCGUCCAGCUUCGGCCCCAAGCGAAACAGAAACAACAAAGUAGGUUAAGAGUGGGCGGAAAGUACUGAUUUUUCAACGCACUACCAUUGGAGAGUUAUCUAUCUAUAGAGAUAUGUACAUAAAUAUAUAUAUAUAUAUAUAGUCUAACACUAAUUAUAAAACAAGAAAAAACUUUUGCGAUUUUAUUUAAUUAUAAAACAUUUUUUACUGUUAUAUAGUUGUAUAAUAUUUUUAAGCAUGCUUUUUACAUAGUAUAUAUAGAUAUAUGUAAAUAUAUAAGAUACAUACAUACAGUUGAAUAUAUGUAUGUAUGCGGCUGUAUAUGAUAUUAAAUAAACCUAAACACUCGGUAGUUUUAAAAAGUUAAUAUUUUCCAUUAUUAAAUAACCUUAAAAUUAUGUUUAAGUUUAUAAAAUCAUUUCAAGAAAUUAACAGCAAUAAUUUUUAGUAUGCUAAGCGCUUUUGUGUGACACCAGAAACCAAAAUACAACUAUAUUUUUUAUUUAAAAAAACUCUGAAAUAUAAAGUACUGAAUGGAAACGAAGA